UAUUUACUGGAUGUGACAAGCAGAGAGAAGAGCUUUCAGCCAGGCUGCUCGCUGCCUGGUGCAAGUGGUGGGAGAGCUCCUUAACCCGCAGCUUCUAUGAUCAUCCACUUGGCAAAGACCUGCAGGCCAUGAGGACGGGUCAACGACGGUGAGAGGACGUGAAAGGUAAAUCCCUGAUCCCCGCAGUAUUAUUUCCUGCCCUGACGUCCCUGCAAACCAGCCCAAGGGGUAACUGUAAGCGGAUGCCUGUAUGGCUGCCUUACUGAUGCCACGCAGGAACAAAGGGAUGAGGACGCGACUGGGAUGCCUGUCUCACAAGUCAGAUUCAUGCAGUGAUUUCACAGCGAUUCUUCCCGACAAGCCCAACCGUGCUCUCAAGAGAUUAUCCACAGAAGAAGCUACGAGGUGGGCUGAUUCCUUUGAUGUGCUUCUCUCUCAUAAGUAUGGAGUGGCUGCCUUCCGCGCUUUCUUGAAGACGGAGUUCAGCGAGGAGAAUCUGGAGUUCUGGUUAGCCUGUGAAGAAUUCAAGAAGACCAGAUCAACUGCAAAGCUGGUCUCCAAGGCCCAUAGGAUCUUUGAGGAGUUUGUGGACGUGCAGGCUCCGAGAGAGGUAAACAUUGACUUCCAGACCCGAGAAGCCACGAGGAAGAAUAUGCAGGAGCCAUCCCUGACUUGUUUUGACCAAGCCCAGGGAAAAGUACACAGCCUGAUGGAGAAAGACUCUUAUCCCAGGUUCCUGAGGUCCAAAAUGUACUUAGAUUUGCUGUCCCAAAGCCAGAGGAGGCUCAGUUAGACCUCAGAUGGAGACUCUUGGAAAUCACUGGCUUUUUCCUCCCCUUGCUGCCAAGACCAUAUUCUAAUGUAAAGUGUCAUAGGUGUUCAAAGGCGGUGACAUUCCGGAUGGGAGACUAGGGCUGAGGAGGGGAUGAGGAGCCAUUCCAAAGUAUGACCCGGCUGCCAGAGCUUGGACUCUCUCUCAUCCAUUUACCCACAUUUGUGUUUUGGUUAGUGGUAGCACUGCCCGCAGUUACCCUUGUCUG